UUGUUUCCUUUUCAUUUAGCCUACCUCAACAUAACGUGAGUUAGUAGGGUUCAAGUCUGAUAAGGAGAGAGGAUACCACUUUCUAAAGAGUUGUGAGAUUCUCAACGCGAAUAACUUUUACUUAAUUAAAAUCAAUCAUGCACAGUAUUGAGCAACUUCUACAGGCAGCAGAAUUUAUUGAAAGAAGAGAUAGAGAAGCCGAGCAUGGCUAUGCUUCAACGCUACCUAUGCCAGAUGAAUUUAGUUACAAUCCUUCAAAAAGGAGAUCGAAAUCCAAAAAGACACAGGGCAACAGAUCUACACAUAACGAAUUGGAAAAAAACAGGAGAGCUCACCUAAGACAUUGCUUGGAGAGGUUAAAGGACCUUGUGCCACUUGGUGUGGAUUCUUCUCGCCACACCACACUAGGUCUCUUAACAAAAGCUAGGUCUUUCAUAAAGAAUUUAGAAGAAAAAGAGAGGAAGGCGUUGCUUAUGAGAGAUCAGUUAGAACGAGAAAAUCGACUUCUUCGUAGAAGAUUAGAUCAUUUGCAUCAAGUAAAUAACCACAGCUUAUAUCGUGUUCGCCAGGAGCGAAGCAUAAGUGAAUGUAGUACAUCAACUAAUUCAUCGUCAUCAUCCUUGUCAUCUACCUCGUCUAUAAAAUCUGAAGAGUCUGAUGAGAUUGACAUUAUCGGCGGCUUCCAAAGCGACAGUGACGAUCGCUGCAGCGUGGAGAGUCUGGGUAGCGAUGGCAGCGGGGACUGCCGUCGCUAUAGUAACAACUUUUCUGAUGACUCUGGUGUGUCCAGCGGCCUGUCAACAAAUCUUUGAUCUUGACCUAUUCAACUUUGACCUAUUCAACUGGCUGAGUUUGCUUGCAGCAGCUGCCAGCGCAGGAUGUAUGUGUUGUUUACAGUUUUCUCUCUUUGUUGCUAUUUUCAUGAUAGUGACUCCAUGUUUUCGGGCCUUGAUGCUGAGGCUGGAUUGGAUUACUUUCACUGUUGUGUAGGAUUAAUAUCUCCUUUGAUUGCUCAUCCACUUGUACUGAGAACGGGCCCACAAUGUGCUGCUAUUUGGAAUAAUUAUGGGUAGUUAAUAGUGAAGCUGAAUUGAAUACUACCUUAACUAUGUUUACUUUUUAUGUUUGUUAUGUAUCUUAUAGUAAUAAUCUACACUUGUUCAAUUUUUAAGGAAAUAUUUUUGUAAAAUGUCCUCGGAGUGAAUGUUAUUGUGAAUAAGAAUGUUAUUGAACCUAUUAGAAAUGGCAUAAGGAAGGUUCCAGUGAAGAUCCCACUGGAAGCGAGCCACUCAUUGAGAUUCCAGUGUAGUUAUUUUGGAUAUGCUUUAACUAGAAAUUUUCUGACUUGGAGCUUAUCAUCAGUCUGGCAAAGCAUAAUGGAUCUUGUUAAAAUAGUGUAAUGGGUCUUGUUAAAAUAGUAAAUAUACACAAACUGGGUACCUCUUAAUUACUGAUUUCCACAGUAGUGAUAGAAUUCAGAGCCUAGUUGUAAGCUCAUAAUAAGGCUACAAUAUUCAUAGUAAUGAUAUUCCCAAGUUAGAAUAUACACAUUUGUAUAUCAGCAAAAAUCUUAAAUGACAGUGGUGUAUUUUAAAAAAGAUAUUUCAACAAGCUGUGAUUUUCAUUUUUUUCAAUUGGCUGCGAGUUCCCCCACCUCCCAUCAUUCAGCGUUGCAGUUAGUUAAACGCAGCAAUGACGUAGGCAGCAAAAGGUGGCGUGAACACGUUAGGCCUCUAGGAUAAGUGUGGUGCUGAGAUUCAUACAUCGCAACUUUCUGCAGCAGUAAAAAAAAAUUUCUUUAUUGGGUUGAAUGAAGCCACUGAUGAAAAAUUGAGUCACUUAGUUUUUCUUUGCUACUUACUGGAUUAUUACAGCCGGAGUCCAACAAGGCAAGAUUUCAUCUGCGGUAUAACUGUAUGUUGGGGUAUGAAUGGCAUGUCCUGUUACAACACCUCAUGUAUGACUUAAUGUAUGCUGCGGUAUGAAUGGCAUGAUGGUGAAAACUUUAAAAUUUCUCAUUCCAUUGUAUGACCAGAGCUUCACACUGUAUAUUGGAUUACGUCCCUUUCAAAAUUUAAAAAAACAAAAUGGCUAACUGUUUGAAUAGACCAAAGCAUUUGCAGGCUUCACUUUGGUGUUAGGCUGUAGCAGGCUUCACUUUGGUGUUAGGCUGUAUUGCACAGGGAACUUGUUCACUUUUUAAAAUUUGUAUUUAAUUUAUUUACAUUUUGUUUAUAAUUAAUGUUAUAAUGGAAAUGUUUGAAUAGGUUUGGUGUCCUGUCUAUAAUAUCCAAGGACAGAUAACUUUAUGGUUUAGUAUUAACAUCUAGAGCUGGCUUAAAACGAGCCAAUGUAACAGUUGUAUUAUUCUUGUAUCAGGAAGCAAUACUUAGCUCGUCUUUUACAAUCAAGGUUUUAAUGUGUCUGUGUUAGUGAUUAUAUAUAGCAGAAAUCAAUGUUUACAGUCCAUGUAUUUUUUUUUAUUUUGAUUUUACAGGUUUUAAAUAUUGCAACAAUGUAAUGAUCAAUUUUUGAGAGGGUGGAAGAAACUGUGGUGUUUAUAUUACAAAUAUCUGUGAUACAUACUAGUUUGGGGAGCUUAGGCUACUUCCAUGCUGCAUUCUGAUUGGCUAGGUAUUCAGUCCUGAUGGCUAGGGAUAAGAUUCUGGUUAAUAUUAAUUAAUGAGAUGGGGUUAGGAUAUACAUAAUUGAUGAACUACUGCAGUGUGCCUUGUCAAUAGCCUAUGGCUUUCUCAUGCGUUUGAUUUGAUUUUAGAAGCUCUAACCUUGAAUUCUGUUAUCCAUGUCUUUCUUCAUGUCUUACCUCUGAACUGAGCAUACUUUGGCAUGACUGGAAGGAAAAUAGUUACAAACAGUUGGACGUGGUCUACUGCAAUAAUACGAUAUUGUUUUCAUUUGUCAGUGGAUGAGGCAUCAGGUGCUCUAAAGGGCAAGGUCACUUUGAUAUUAUGUGUAUUCAGUUUUUUUUAAUGGUAAUCAUGCUUUACAAAUAUCAGGAUUAAGAAAAAAGAAAAAGGGCAGGUUUUUAAAAGUUGAGGUCCUUUUGAAUAGAAAUUUGUCUAAAAUUAAUUAUUUAGAGGUAAAAAAAAAAAAAGUUUAAAUUACAUCCCAAUGAUUAAAAAUAUCAGCAUUAAAAAACUAGACAUUGAGUAUUAAUAUGGCGCUAGAAUAAACUAAACUGUCUGAAUGGAUAUUAUUCUAAUAGAAUUUUUUUUUAUUAAUACUGCAUUGAGCUGCAAUCUUUAAAAUAUAUUUUCUUUCAAAUAAUGCUGUUUUGUUUCUGUUAAAAGUCAUGAAAAAUCCAAUGCAGUGUUUAAAAUUUAGAAAUGAGUUUAGUCACAACAUAACCAGUUAAUUUUGUUAUUAUUGUACUUAAAGUUUUAUGUUAAAAGAAGACAAAACGUUGGUCUUUCUUCAUUUUGUUUUUGUCAAAGAAUAAAAUAUCUGAAAUUUUUUUUAAUGAUGCUUAUGGUGGGUUGAAAAAGAAUGGCUGAAACUAUUUUGUAAAUUUCAAAUGCCAAUUUAACAUUUUUAUCAAUAUUAUCUGCACUCAAGUAAGCAAUGAAAUUAUUAAAUAUGAAAUAAUUGAACAAAAAUUUGUGGCUGUAACCUUCCAACUAGGUACAAUCGCUACCAAGAUCUGAUGUGUAAUACAUCUUUUAAUGUCUUGUUGUCUAGUAUGCAAAUUUGGCUGUGCUCGAUAGACUAUUUAAUUUUUUUCUAAUUUGCUAAAGUAUUAGUUUUUUUUUUUACCCAUGACAUGCAAUUAAUAAAAUGAAUAAAUUUCUCAUCUGCCAUAUGUCCCAUGCAUUCAGGUUUGUCCUAGUAUUAAAAGUUUGUUUAAGGUUUACUUUACUGUCUGCAAACUUAAAGUGUUAGCUAUAGAGUACAUUUUUAGAUGUACUGCAUAUGCACUGUACAGGUGAAGUACUUGGUCAUCUGAAUAUUGGCUCCCACUGUCUUCACUAGCCUCCCCUGAAUUUACAGUUCUAAUUUGUUUGUCAGUGUCAUAGAAUGGUUUUAGGUGAAGUAAAAGUGUCAGAUUCUUUUGGUUAAGGCUUAGGAUGGCAUAGGUGAAGUAAAAGUGUCAGAUUCUUUUGGUUAAGGCUUAGGAUGGCAUAGGUGAAGUAAAAGUGUCAGAUUCUUUUGGUUAAGGCUUAGAAUGGCAUAGGUGAAGUAAAAGCCAGUCCAAAUUUGGUUCCUAUUGAUCUCAUCUCUGUACAUAUUUUUUUUUCCUUUAAAACAAAUUUUUUCCCCAAUGAUCAAAAUGUAACAGUGUAAAAACAAAGUCCUGGAUGCUCCAAGUUUAAGUUUUUAGCUAGCUUUAAACAUGCCUUCCAUCUAACCCGUUUGAAUUAAAAGUUAGAAUUGUUGAUUAAAGAAUUGUACGGGUGUAUUUUUGUCAGAUUUCCUUCUAGGGGUUUGUAAAAACAAGUCCACCAUCUGCGGUUAACAAGUUGUUUUGUGUGUGAGCAAUCUGUUGCAGUCUUACCAUUAAACAUUUUGUUAUUUUCAUAAAUACUGAAUAUGCUAAUUUUUUUUUCAUUGAUUAAAAUGGCUAAAUUGUAGCAUUAAAUGAAAUGUGGGCUUAUGUUGCAGUUUAGACAUUGAUAUUCAUGUCUUUUAUGCACUGGAGAUUUGAAUUUUGCUUUUAAAUGUGGUUCGUUCACUCGUCAUGCACUAAAUAUUUUUAUCAUUUAUUUUUAUUUAUUCUCAUAUCAUGUUUGUUACACAUAGCCACCCCAUCAGUGCAGAUUCUGGUCAGCUGGUUAGGGUGGUGUUUUUAUUCUCAUUAACUUGGCAGUGUGUCUGUCUGUGUAGUGGAUCUGUGCCUGCCUGACUCUGUGAAUGUCUUUUGAUUCUUGCUAUGUAAUGUACGUGAAGAAAUAGAUUUUAAUUAUUACAAUUGUGUAAAUAUCUAUAAUACAUUUUAUCAGUCCUGAACAUUUGUCAAAUAAAUGAUUUUGGGACUCAGC